AUGUUUGCCCAAAACCAAAAGACCAGCUUCCUGGAGCAGACGAAGGCGGCGCGGGAGGAGCGGGCGCUGGAAAAGCGACGCGAACAAGCGGCCAUUCUGCUGCAGUCCACGCUCAAGGGAUAUGCGGCGCGUAGGAAGUACCAGAAACGAAUCAUACUCGAUUUCGAUGCCAUGUUCACUGAGAAUCAGGACGAUAAGGAUGCGGAACUGGAACUAGUGGCCAGCACUGUCUAUCCGGUGCUACGUCGCUACCUUACCCAGAUCAAGCUGGACAAGGGCGAUGUGCGUGCACGGGAGCGUCUGGAGUGCAUUUGUCGUUACAUUAUCAAGGCAAUGGAGUCGGAGAACACCAAGCUCUCCUAUGCCGCCCUAUGUCUUUUUAAGGAACGCAGCCUGCCCUGGAUCGCGCACAUCAAGAUACUACUCACGAACUGCCUGACAUUGCUGCCGGAGCUGAAGCCGGAGAAUCAUGCCGACAGCUUGUCCCUUGCCCUCUUUCUGCACACUCUGGUGGUCUUCACGGCGCCCAAAUCGUGGGCCAUACUCAGGAAUGCUCAGUUCGAGAAACUGCAGCCGGCCAUGCAAAAAAUCUGCUGUAAUAUUCAAGGUCAUCUAGUGCAGCACGAUUUUUACAAAAUCAUGCGGCUCGUUUUGUUACGCGGCACUGUUCGCGAGGAGUUGUCCGUAAAGCCCGUCACCCUGGUGGCCAUCAUUACGCUUUGCCUUCGUCCCCUGAUCGAUGGCAACUUCAGUCGAAAUCUACUGGCCAUGUUUCUGUCGGAGAUUCUGUCUGUGCCCGCGUUAAUCUACCAUCUGCACCAGAGUGUACCGCAGUGCCUGGAACAGUUCUCCUCGUUGGGGCUGCUUAAAAAGGCGCUUAGCAUUUCGGGGGACGUGCAGUGGUUCGAGGAGUUCGGCACUAGCAUGCCGGGCACCAAGUCCCUGGCUUUUCUGGGAAACAUAGUGAAUUUGUUCAACAUCGAUGGCCAAGGCGAGUCAAAGGAGUUGGCCUAUCCACUACUGACUGAAACCGCCACAUCGCUGUUGGAACUAAUACCCAACACGGUGACCACCAAGGGAGUAUUCACUCAGUGGCACGAGCUCUUAGGAUGGCAUACUCCAGGUGCAGAGCCUUCACAGAAUCAGAAUGUGGCACUGAUUAAGAAGCAGUUCCACAUGUUGUGGGAUCAUCGCUGCAUAAAACUGUUGCUGGGAGAUCUCUUGAAGCAAAUCAAUCUUAACUACGAGCGGAUCGAGUUCCAAUCUCCCCAACAACCAUCCACAUCGAAUCUGCUGCGUCGGGCCUUGGAGCGCAGCUCCACGAGAGGUGUAAACCUAAUGGGAGUGGCGAGCAGCAAGCAGUCCAAGCAAAAGUGGCGUAAGCUAGAUAAUGCUGAGGUGGUGCAGGUGUCCCGAAUCUGCGGCAUGUACUAUGCCGCCCUCAACACGCUUUCCCAGAUGAAACUGGACAUUCUGACUGGCAUUUGCUACAACGACAAUGUGCUAUAUGAUAUUUGGUUGCUAAUCACGUCCCUUGGCCCCAAUUGCGGCAUGAAGGAGUAUCUGGAGCUGCUAAAGUCCGAAUCAAACUUGCAGACGCCACAGACCGCCAUGCUAAUGCUCUUUUGCGACUGCAUGACGCACUACGUAACGAUUCUGGAUGAAUACGAAAUGUACACGGAGCAGAAUCCUUUCAAACUCAACGACUACGUGAUGCUGACCUACUUCCUAAAUAAUAUUCUCUACAAGCUUAUUAACGAUAAUCUUUUGGCAGGUGCCAAGAACAUUGUCCAGAAUCCGGUUUUCCUCUCGCUACACACUCUGAUGCUUUGCUUGUACCGCCGCGAUUGCCGUCGCCUCUUCACGCCACCUAACCACUGGCUGAUACCAGAGGUGAAACCCUCCACGUUCAUCAACGACCUGGAAAAGGCCAAGAGGAACGCGAUGCUACUGCUCGCCAAGAUGCCGCACAUUAUACCGCACAAGGAUCGGGUCAAGUUAUUCCGCAAGUUCGUGCAGAAUGAGAAGGCGGUGAUGGGUCUGACGGAGAGUGCCUGCGCUUCGCCUCGCUCCGCACUGAUUGUCAUUCAUCGCGAUCGUAUUGUGGAGGAUGGCUACCGGCAACUGGCCGCCCAGCCCACGCAAGCCCUAAAAGGUGUUAUCCGCGUGCGUUUCAUCAAUCAACAAGGACUGCACGAGGCAGGAAUUGAUCAGGAUGGAGUGUUCAAGGAAUUCCUUGAGGAGACCAUCAAAAAGGUGUUCGAUCCGUCGCUGAAUCUCUUCAAAACCACCUCGGAUCAGCGAUUAUAUCCCUCGCCCAUUUCCUACGUCCAGGACAAUCAUUUGCAGCUCUUCGAGUUCGUGGGCCGCAUGCUGGGCAAGGCGGUGUACGAGGGCAUUGUGGUGGACGUGCCGUUUGCCUCCUUCUUCCUGUCCCAGCUUCUCGGCCAGACGCAACAGGCUCUGUACUCCUGCAUGGACGAGCUGCCGUCGCUGGACAACGAGUUGUAUCGCAGUCUUACCUUCAUCAAACACUAUAAGCAAGAUGUAUCCGAUCUGAACCUUACCUUUUCCGUUGACCAGGAUGUAAUGGGCAAAAUUGUCACGCUCGCGUUGCAUCCGGGUGGCAAGUCGCGUGUGGUUAAUGACCACAACAAGCUGGUCUACAUACACUACAUGGCCUUUUUCCACAUGAACACCCAGAUACGCGAGCAGACAAUAGCUUUCAAUCGUGGCUUCCGCAGCAUCAUCAAUCCAGAAUGGUUGUCUCUUUUCUCGCCUCCCGAAUUGCAGCGGCUUAUUUCUGGGGACACUAGCCCUUUGGACUUGAAGGAUCUCCAAAAGCAUACUCAUUAUUACGGUGGCUUCCACGACUCCCAUUGCGUGGUGGUCUGGCUCUGGGAUAUCCUGGCCAAGGAUUUCACGGAGGAGGAGCGCAAGCUGUUCCUAAAGUUUGUCACCAGUUGCUCAAAGCCGCCGCUCUUGGGUUUCGCCCAUCUGGAGCCACCCUUCUCGAUUCGUUGCGUGGAGGUGGGUGAUGAUGAGGAUACGGGCGACACAAUCGGAAGCGUGAUUCGCGGUUUCUUCGCCAUACGUAAGAAGGAUCCACUCAAUCGCCUGCCCACCUCGUCGACCUGCUUCAACCUGCUGAAGCUGCCCAACUACCAAAAGAAGUCCACGCUGCGGGACAAACUUCGCUAUGCUGUGAGCAGCAACACCGGAUUCGAGUUGUCCUAAAACAGCUUGAAAUAUUCCCCUACUUAUUACCUAAUUGAAAUAUGUUAUUAUUCCUUCUUAAGUAUUCUUUCGUAGGCAAUUUGGUGUAAAUGUAUUUCAAAUAUUUUUGUGGCCGCAUCACAAACGGAUUGAGAAACAUAUUUAAUCAAUAUGAAACACAAUUAUUAACAAAUAAACAUAAACGUAUAGCUGUGAUAAAACUAUAAUAAACUAACGAAGAGUACACAAGAAAUAGCAAGCUGAAUUACGAAUACUGGAACGAACAAUCCAAUGUGGUGGCUGAUGAUAAACGAGAAAAAGAGAAAAUGUCUAGUAAAUAUUGUAAAUUGUGGAAUGGCACACAACAAAUAUCUAACCCACGUACGGUGUAAGCCAAAAGUUACAUGUAAACCACGAAAGAAAAAAACCAGCAACAAUAAAUCUAUGUGUCUGAUUCAUGUGCAAAAUGUAA